CAGGACGCCAUGAGUUCAAUUAUCAAUUGAUGUCCCAGGACAACCAUGGAAAACCCCGCUGUGCUAUUGGUCCAUACUGAGUAUGGCUCAUCUCAGGAUGAAACCUCCCCCUUAAACCAGCAGGUGGUAGACAUACUCAGGGAACGCGAAUCAGAAAUACCUGUGCUCAUGACAGUUUUGAAAGCGAAUGAAGAGGACAUCCAGAAUGCAAAACGCGAUGGGAUAGAACUACUGCUGCCUACACUUGACCCAGAUGAUCCUAGUCGGACUGACCCAUCACCAAAUUGGCUGACCUUUGACCACCUGUCCAAAUACCAAAAUCUUCCCCAAAAGGUCCGAAGCAUUGUCGGUCACUCCGACGUCACAAGUAGGGCAGCCGUGAGAAUCAAACAGGAACGUUACUCUGCAUCUGAUGCAAGAGUCGUCCUCUUCACCACUGACAUACCAGAAGACACCGAGUACUACAAAGGAGAUGAGAAGGCCAUGGGUAUCGGGAAGAAGGAAGACUCCAUCCUUGAAGAUGCACAAGAAGCUGACGUGGUCUUUUCUCUUGGAAACAAGAUAUUUGAUCACUUUGAGAACCAGUUCAGAGCUAUACCUGCCAGCAAGAGGCCUCAGCAUGUCAAGUUUGUUCCGAGACCUCCCAAGAUCUUUGAAGAUGCAGAGGCUGAAUACAAGGACACAGAGACAAUGGUGGUCCUGUCCAUCGGUAGGGUGAAGGGUGUUGAAAAACUGAAGGGAUAUGACCUUGCUGUUGAAUCCCUGAGCCUUGUAGCAGAGAAGAUGAAAGUUAAGUUGCGUGUCAUGGGAGUUGACAAAGAUGACAUUGAAACACGCAUGGCAAUCCUAAAGCACCGUAAGUCAGCAAACCUACAGAUAACCCUCCUCCCAUACGGCUCACAGAAGGACAUCUAUAAAGAGAUGAUGCAGGCCCACCUGGUCCUGAUGCCUUCUCGUGCUGAACCGUUCGGACUGGUCGGCCUGGAGGCCAUCGCGGCAGGCGUCCCUGUUCUUGUAUCAAGCAAGUCUGGGCUGGCAGACUUCAUUCAUGAACAUGUAGAUGAACUGCAUCAUUCCAUUGUUGACAUGGAUGAACAUGAGGAAGGUGUCACUGUGAAAUAUCUAGCUCGCAGCAUCGAGAGAAUGCUAAAGCACAACAGGACAGAGUUUGAAACAGCAGCAAGGUGUAAGAAGAAGCUUCUGUCCUCAAAGUACUGGGAAGAAUCUCAUCAGCAGUGCAUCAAAGCUUGUACAGAUGCAGAUAUACCUCCUCCACUGCCCAUCGUGGUAGAGAUACUUGCACAGGUGAAGCCAACCGUCAAAACCCCCAAGGAACUGCUAAGCUAUGCCUCGGCAAAGAAGGCAUUUGUUACUCUCGACAUCACAACUUUCACAGACGAAACUCUUGGUCUGCUAGAGCAGGUAAAACCAGAAAUCAGAACAGUGGAAGACCUACUCGACACUGCAGAAGCAAUCAAGCAACUGGAGGAAAUCAAAGGCGUGAAUGUUACAGAUGUCAAGACAGGCAGCCUGGUCUUCUACACGCAAUGUACAGACUUGGGCGGCUUGGGCCAACUCUGGUUCAUGUACAAAAGUGGAAAACUCAAUGACCUGCUGGUUGGUAGUUUGAUAAGGAAGGAAACCUUACAGGAACUCUGUGCUGAGAACGUCUCUGUGAAGUCAACCAUCAACAUAGAGGACUUCAGGAAGGCCCUGGUCUACAUCCUCACCUCACCUGCUGCCAAAGGUCAGCUCAUGCCAAGACUACCCCUGGAGUACCCCCUCUAUCAGCCACACACCCGCACCACUAGCAGAGUGUUGGACGUUCUGCACCUGGAUCAGAAGAAGCUACCACAACACCUCCACAAAGUGCCACUACCAACACAGAGGAACGAUGGAGACGAUGAUCUUCUCAACAAACUAGACAAUCUUCAAAUAGCAGCCAGCACACCCGAGGAAACACCAGAAGACACAGAGGUCCGGGAGAUCAACUCUGUCCUCAAACCUGCUGGGGCGUCAGUUAUACCAGCUCAGGAAACAACAGAAGAUCAGACCAUUGGUGACACGGAGGUUCCACAGGUGAUGUCAGAACUGGUCUCACUGGACAUCAAGGAACUGGAACGACUGAUGGGACCUCGGAGAAAGAGGACUUCCUCCAUAAGCUCUGACUCAUCUGGCUAUGUGACAGGCACUCCAGGAUCAGGACUCAGCAGACCCGACUCACCGUCAGGCGAGGGUGAUGUCCAGGGCACACUAGAGACUCUCCUUGCUGAACUUAACAAACCUGCAGUACUGAGAGACAAGGGAAAACAGUUUGACCUGUACUGUCAGAUAGGAGAUCUUUACAGGACAAAACUACGCAACCCACAGUCAGCUCUGCAGUAUUAUCAGAAUAUGUUAGAGUGUUCUCAGGCACUGUCAGAAGACACAAAACAAGCCAAGGCCUACAGCAGACUAGGCGUAACCUGUGAUAUAUUAGGUCUCCAAGCUGAAGCCUUUACAAACCAUGAAAAGGCCCUGGCUAUCUAUAGAGUAGAUGCAGGGAAUGAAACUGAUGUUUGCAUCGCUUACAAAAACCUGGCCUCAUCAUUGGCACUAUCAGGUCAAGUGUCAGAUGCAAAAAUUAACUAUGAAUCAGCCUUGGCUGUUGCCAUGGAGACAGGAAACAAGACUGAACAGAUGGGCAUUUACUGCAUGCUGGGUGAUUUACACAUGGAACAGCUAGAGGAACCAGAGGUCUCACACAGGUACUACACAGAGAUGUUGACACUAGCCAGGGACUUGAGGAGGAAGGACAUGGAGGGGCUGGCUUACAACAGGCUGGGACGUGCUUGUUCGGAUAUGCAGAAUAAUGACGCAGCUUUGGAGUGGCAUCAGAAGAGCCUUGAGAUGAUGAGCCAAGAUGAUGGAAAUAAGAGAGCACAGAUGAUAACACAUGCAGAAGUGGGUAAUGCAUACAGACUACUGGGAAAACCGGACCAGGCAACAUCCCACUUCAACACUGCCUUACAGCUGGCACAGCAGACAGGGGAUCAACAUGUCCAGAUGAGUGUUUGCCUCCGGAUGGGUGAGAUGCACAGGGAACAACUCCACUCCCCACGUACAGCCAUCCAGCAUUAUAAACAGACUCUUGCACUAGCCAGGCAGUUGAAGGACAGGGAUCAGGAGAGAAUAGCUUGCAACAGACUUGGACUGGUCCAUUAUGAGAUGGGUGAGUAUGGGGCAUCUCUAGAGUGGGGUCAAAAGAACCUGCAAAUUGUCGAAGAGGAUGGCAACAAAGAAGAACAGAUAACAGCACACAACAACGUGGGUAAUGCAUACAGGCUACUGAGUAAACUGGACCUGGCAACAUCCCACUUCAACACGGCUUUACAGAUGGCACAGCAGACAGGAGAUCAACACUGGCAGAUGAAGGUUCACUUCGAAAUGGGUGACAUGCACAGAGAACAACUCCACUCCCCACGUACAGCCGUUCAGUAUUAUGAACAGGCUCUUGCACUAGCCGGGCAGUUGAAGGCCAGGCAUGAAGAGGGAGUGACUUGCAACAGACUUGGACAGGUCCAUUUUGAUAUGGAGGAGUAUGAGUCAGCUCUAGAGUGGUUCCAAAGGUAUCUGCAGAUUAGCCAAGAACAGCAGAUUAGCAAAGGACAGAUAACAGCACACAACAACGUGGGUAAUGCAUACAGGUUACUGGGAAAACUAGACUUGGCAACAUCCCACCUCAACACAGCCCUACAGAUGGCACAGCAGACAGGGGAUCAACACUGGCAGAUGAAGGUUUACUUCGUAAUUGGUGAGAUACACAGAAAACAACUCCACUCCCCAAGUACAGCCAUCCAGCAUUAUGAACAGGCUCUUGCACUAGCCAGGCGGUUGAAGGACAGGCAUGAAGAGGGGAAGGCUUAUGGCAGCCUCGGUCUGGUACAUUUUGAGGUGGGGGAGUAUGAGACAUCCCUGGAGUGUUUGCAUAAGUACCUGAACAUUAAGCAAGAGGACGGAGAGAAGAAAGAGCAGAUAGUAACACACACGGCAAUAUGUAAUGUAUACAGUUUACAGGGUCAUCUGGACCUUGCAGCAUCCCAUCUUAACACGGCCUUACAGAUGGCACGGCAGACAGGAUAUCAACAUGGACAGAUGAAAGCUUACUUCAUGAUGGGUGACAUGCACAAAUAUAAACUCCACUCUCCACGUACAGCCAUCCAGUAUUAUAAACAGACUCUUGCAUUAGCCAGGCAGUUGAAGGACAAGCAUCACGAGGGACUGGCUUACGAGAGAUUGGGAAUGGCUCAUUUCGAAAUGGGGGAGCAUGAGGCAGGUUUGAGGUGGUUACAGAAGGCCUCGAAGAUACGAGAAGAAGAAGGCGUAGACCAGGGUGCACAAGGAAAAACUCAUUCCAAUGUGGACCGUGCACCAAUGGUACAGUAUCUAGAGAGCCGUGUAGCAUCACAAAAUGCAGAAGAGCAGCGAAAACAGAUGAAUGUUAGUUUCCAGAUAGGUGAAAUGUUCAGAGAACAGAUCCACUCCCCACGUACAGCCAUCCAGUAUUACGAACAGCACCUUGCACUAGCCAGGCAGUUGAAGGACAGGCAUGAAGAGGGCCUAGCUUACGAUAGACUCGGUAGGGCCCACUUUGAGCUCAAGGAGUAUGACAAAGCCCUGCUCAUGUAUCAAAACCACCUCAAGAUGAGACAAGAGGAUAGAGACAAGAAAUCACAGACAACAGCACAUAAGAACAUAGCAAAAUCUUACAAGAAACUGGGAAAGAAGGACCUGGCCAAAUCCCAGUACCAAUCAGCUAUGGCCAUCGCCAUUGAGACAGGGGACAAACUGCAACAGGACGACAUUAGAAAGAAGAUUAAUAAACUGUAG